AUGGCUCCAGCUGCUGCCAAAGCUGAGAGACUGCCCAGGCCAGCAACGGACUAUGAACGCUGGCUUGGGGAUGAUGAACAGCACCUUGACUCAGUGCGUCAAUACGACCUUGAUCAAGGGCAAAAAGAUUACACCAAUGAUGGAGUGAUUACCGUCGCUGAAGAUUCAAGCCCGCCUGAGAUCGUGGACAGCGACGACCUUGGGUCUUCUCCUCUAUCCUCUGACGAGUCUUCCCAGCCGAGGCAUCACUACACCCGCCCAACUGUCCCCGAUAUCGUUGCAUUAUACGCAGCGAUAAUAAUAGCUGUCCUCCUCGUCCUAAAACUUCAUGGAUCACUCAGAAGACCACAAUGGCGGAGAUCAGAGGAAAAGAAGAGACAGGGGUCCCCACUCGGAAGGGAUACAAAUGACUGA